UUCCCUCACAUAAAAAACCAACCAAUUCACCUGCUACUACUAAACAAGAUGAUGAAGAAGAUGAUGAUCUCCCCUGUUUCCUUCAUCUUGUCUUUCCUCCUGAUCAUUUUCUUCUCAUCCCAUGCUGCGGCGCAAGACUUCUGGCCAUCAGACUAUUCGGCUCCUCAAGGCCCUGCAGGUUAUUCUUCUAAGAAGUCUGGAAAUAUUACAGUAGAUGAUUUUGUAUUCUCUGGCCUAGGCGUUGCUGGUAAUACCUCCAAUGUUUUCAAGGCUGCUGUGACCCCUGCAUUUGUACAGCAAUUCCCAGGAGUGAAUGGGCUUGGAGUUUCUCUGGUUCGUGCAGAUAUAGCCCCAGGUGGUGUUAUCCCAUUGCAUGCCCAUCCAAGGGCUACAGAAAUCAUACUUCUUGUGGAAGGAACAGUAGUUGCUGGGUUCAUCUCCACAGCCAAUGAUCCCUAUAUAAAAACUCUUAAAAAGGGCGACAUUAUGGUUUUCCCUAAAGGGCUAUUGCAUUUCAUUGUGAAUUCAGCUCCCUCCAACGCCUUGAUAUUUGCUAGUUUUAGUAGCGACAACCCGGGUGCUCAGAUUCUGGACAAUGCUUUGUUUGCAAAGAAUUUUCCUAGUGAGUUAAUAGCUGCCUCUACUCUACUUGAUGUUGCUGAGGUUAAAAGGCUUAAGGGUGUUUUCGGUGGCUCUGGCUAAUUGAUAACCAUGUCCAGAAAAAUAUUUUCAAUAAGGAGAGACUGUUUCUUUCUUGCCCUCUUAUAACAUAGGUUUCUUAUUUUGUCAUACGUAGUUGAGCUUACCUAGUAAGCAUCGGAUUUCUUGUCAGUGAUUGAAAACAUGAAUAAAAGCCACUAAACGUUAUUGUACUCUCUGAUAUGCGGUUGGCUACGUACUUUUUUAUUUUUUUUAUUCUUGCUUAAAUGGGGAAGAUAUGUAAUCAAUCAUGUAUAAAUGUUAUGACAAAUAUCAAUAAACAUAUUUUGAUGAUCA